CUGGUGAAGGGUCAUCUGCAGUUGCAUCUCCAGACAGCACAAACACAGCAUGUACAGGAAACUGGCCUCCAUUGUGGUUCUGCUGCUGGGCCUCUCUCAGGCCCUGGCUCAAAGAGACCAGUCAGAGGAACUGAAUGCAUUUGUCGACAUCUCCUCAAGAAUCCUGGAUGCAAACCGAGGGAUCUCUGGGUUACUGGUAGAGGGAGACGUUGCCAUGCCGAGAGGGAGGAACGCCAUGAAGUGCUUCUCGUUCCUUGACUGCAAGUGGAUUAAGUUACCAUCAGGACAUGUGGAAGUACCAUAUAUCAUCAAUGACUACUUCUGUGCCAGUGAGAGAGCUACUAUUCAGAAGGCCAUGCAGGCAUUCCAUGAGAAGACUUGCAUCCGAUUUGUGCCCUACAACAAACAAGUACAUUACCUCAGCAUUGAGUCCAAAACUGGGUGUUGGUCGUCCAUUGGGCGCACUGGUGGCAAACAGACGGUCUCCCUGAGUGUGAAUGGCUGCAUUUACCACGGGAUCGUUCAGCACGAGCUUCUUCACGCCCUCGGCUUCCACCACGAGCACACCAGGAGCGACCGGGACGAGUAUGUCAGGAUCAACUGGGAGAACGUCCCACAGGGUGCUUCCUACAACUUUGAGAAACAGGACACUAAUAACCUGAACACAAAGUAUGACUACAGCUCCGUCAUGCACUACGGAAGAACUGCCUUUUCGACAUCUUAUGGCAAGGAUACCAUCACCCCGAUUCCUGAUCCCAAUGUGCAGAUCGGUCAGAGGACUGACAUGUCAGAGACAGACAUUGUGAAGAUCAACAGACUGUAUGAGUGUGAUGUACAGUAAACUGAUGAGUGAAGAAACUGAGGACUGAUCCUACAGAAGAGGCUACUCCGUUAUCUUAUUAGAUAUUGCUGCCCUCGUCACUGGGAGAAUCUGCGACUGUUGGGGGGCAACAAUAAAGA